AUGGCGGCGAGUCAGCCGGGCAGUGCAGUCCAGAUGAGGAGCCGGGAAGAGUCCGAGAGCUUCCGCGCCCGGGUCCAGUUCCGCAAGUCCCAUUCAGGGCCUCCCAAGAUGGAGGGCUACCUGCGCAAGAGGACUGCGAAGCUGAACCUCAAGUGGUUCUGGCGCAAGUACUGGUUUGUGCUGGACGGCCGCUCUUUGCUCUACUUCAAGUCAGAGUCAAACUACAACUCUCUCGGCACCUGCAAGGGUCUGGUGGACUUCGGCUUGGUACAGGCAGUCAGGCCGUCGCAUGGUUCCAAGAAUAUCUACGCUAUGGAAGUCAUCACCCGGUCUGACGUCAUACACCUCGCGGCCGAUGACUGGCAGACGCGGCAGGUGUGGGUGGCGGCGCUGCAGGCAGCCAUCCAGAUCAGCGAGGUCUCGUGGCCCUUCAAGGUGCAGUUGGACAACGCGCCCAAACUGGUGCAGAUGCAGCGAGGAGAGAUUUGUAAUUCUUCGCCAGCCUCCGACUGCGAAGGACGGCGUUCCAGGCACAACGAUCGCGACCAGAAGACGUCCAGCCUGAUCAUCUACGAGAACGUCAGCAUCGAGACCGCGACGCAAGACAACGAAGGCUCCUCCGAUCGUCGGCCCUCCAGCGAAGGUGCCAUCUACCAGCAGAUAUCGGAAGCAAAAUCCAACGCACACGACUCGGAACAAAGGGCAUCGGACGGCAGCGGCAACGUUUUAGGCAAGGACCGUCCUCGUUCACACACGAAGAAGGACAAGGGAUACGGCGGUAUGCUAAGGAGGGCUCGGUCCUUCAGCUGCGGUCUGAUGUCAGCAAAGGGCCGUCUGACAGGCUUCCACCGACACCGCGACAAGUCUGCGAAAACCGGAAGCAAAGUUUCGCCAAGCCGGAAGCACAACUCUUCUUCUGCUAGCCUGGCUCAAACCCCAGACUCGAGCCGCGUGUCCAAGGAAGCGGAAACAGCGUCGCACAAGAAGCAAGACUCGGUCGGUUCCGUCCGAUCGGGAGAACUGCCUUCUAGACAGACUAGCAGCUGUUCGAACAGGCCCUCGCACCAGAAGCAGGGCUCCACGGGAUCGGCGAGCUUGAGACACGACCCGACGAUGCCGGCGGCGCGAAAUCAAAUCGCCUCCUUCUCCUCGCCUGGUCGCGCCGACGAGCGUCGCAUCACGGCGUGCCUGGACGUGAACCCGACUUACCAGACGGCCGAAGAAUCGAGGGGCGACGGCUUCGCGACCGAGCCCACCACGCGGAAACGGUACAACUCCUCGUCGUGCCAGGACGAAGACUUUGUCCCGGAGUGUCCGUCCAGGCCGCAUCCCCCGAGUCCGAUGCCGCGAAUUGACGUGUGCGCUGCGAUGCCCAGCCGCGACUACGGGGAAGUGUACGAAAACCACGUUCCGCCACCUUUGGUCGACAAGGUUGGCGACGACGAAAGACAGCGAAAGAAGAGAAAGCCUCCGAAUCUCAGACUGGAUCAAAUCGACGCGAUGAUUCCGAACUGCGACUACGCCGAAGUGCGCGACGACCACGUCCUUCCGUCUCCCCGGCGGCGGUCGGUGGACGACGCCAGCCAGGAAGGAACGUGCGCUGCGGAACAGUCGAUAAUGAAGGCACCGAGCUGGGAAUACGCCGAAAUCGACGACGGUCCGUCGCUGUCCAGAACAUUCUCGAGUCCUCCGUGCGGCGGCAGCGUCAAAAUGCCCUUGGCGAGGAGGCCCUCGAACCCCGAGUGUUCAGUAUCGAGGAAAACGAGCAAGGACUCGGCGGACGACUCCUCCCUGCACAUCUACCAGGAAGUUCGCGGUUCGUCUCGCAGUCCGUCGCCGCAGCCUUCGCCGCGCACCGUGUUCAUGGCGUCGACAGCGUCGAGCACGAGGCCCGCAGACAUGGAGGACGAGGAGGAGAGCUACUACUCCAGCAUCUCGGAGGAAGAUCUCAGGCGGUACCAGUGGUCCAGCGAUCUCGCCCGUGUAGGCGAGACCUCCGAGACCGGCACCGAGUCAUCCACGUACAACACGGCCGACGCGAGCGGCAGCAGCGAGGCGCUGGCCGAGACCGGCUACAUGGAGGACAACCCGCACAUCACCGUCACGGCCACCGACAGCAGCCACAGCAGCAGCGGCGGCAGCCGCAUCGGCACGGCCCCACCGAGCGAGGCGAUGCGCGAGCUUCGCGAACUGCUCGACUGCUUGGGAACCGAGAACGACGGCAGCCUGCUCACGGGACAGAGGAGCAUUGCCAGGGCCCGGCAGCUCCUGGUGCGGGAGAUGGCUGCCAAUGAGGCCUGACGGAUAGACGAGAACAUUCGCAGUGCAAAUAAAGACGAGGUCAAAGACGCAGUGCGUGUGACAGCCACUAAACUUCCAACUGAGGUUCGUUUAGAGAACGGCGCACACUGAAGGUACUCCAAAGAUAACGAGCUGCAUUAGUAAAUUACGCUUCUGCAGCACCAAAUAAGCCACACUGACCGUGAGAGGAGGCUUGGUAGGUCAGUAAGGGCGCAACAGCUUAAGAUAGCUGGCGAUACCGCCUUGAAAUUCCUGCAUCAGCCCGCCAUGACGUCACCAGUUUUCAUGGCAUCUGCUUGGGCCGGGUCAGUUCAAUAACUUUUACUGCUCCCCAACCGCUUAAACACGAGAUAUUUUGAAAUCCGUGACAUCACAGAUAGUGGCACUGGACUUCAAGUGCAAAAUUGAAAAAAGAAGUGCACCUUUGGCAUUCCCUUUCCUUUCUAACAAUCGACCUUAUUAAUGCGAAAUUAACAAAAAAAAAAACUACUUUAUCAGUCGACACUGAUUUGGUGCUUCCCUUUAGUGUCUCUAAAUACAAACACGUGACUACUGGGUAAUCUUGCAUUGACACUGUGAUUCCCUAUGCCGGUCACGUGCUUGGAUUUACAUUGAGGCAUUACAUUUUUUCAAUAAACCUCAGUUGGGAGUUUAGCGCCUGUCCUGUGCACUGCACCUGUGUACUGGUCUUUAGUGCACUAUGAUGUUUCGUUCUUUAUUAUGAAUCAACUCGGCCAAGAAAAGAUAUAGCUAAAAGACAAAUUUCCUCUGUCCAUGGUGCCCCAAUACACUUUGUUGUUCACUUCAGAAGCACGCUAAACAAGACUCACUUCCUUUCAGGCAUGCAGCGCACAGAAACAACACUGGAUCCCUACAGAUUGCUAAACCGCACUUUAGCCACUAAUCCCCUAAUUCUACACUCUAGAAAAAAUUUACACCAUUUGGAGAUGAACUUGUCCCCGAACGAUAAAUAUCAUCAAGCUUGCAUAAGCGUUCCUUUAACGCCCUGUGCUCGUUACUUUUCCAUCGGGGAUGCUGCAUCACGCUGAUAAGCAUGUGCCAUUCAGUACCCGACAGGACUGGGAGUGCAUCACUAAAGAAAAGAAAUUCAAGCAAGAUAGAUAAUGAUUAAUGUGCUGGGAUGAGAUAUGCCUCCUUUUAUAGCAUACAACAUUCUUCAAUACACACAACACUCCAGACCAAAUAAGUAGAUAGCAGAAAGGUCACAACUUGACUGAAGUCAUCACUACAAUUCAAUGAUUCUGAAAGGCAAUUUCCAAGUAAAAUUUUUCGUUACCAGGGCUAACGGGGUGCUCAAUGUAUGCUCGAAUGUAGAGUCCUCGCAGAUGUUGCAAAUAUAGAGACACUACUGAGUGUUGCUGAAAAGCA